AUGCUUUCUCUGCCAAUUGAAGUUCAAUUGGAUGUGUUGAAAUGUCUUAAUUUCAACCAAUUAUUCUCUGUCAAACAAACCAAUUUUUAUUUUUACAAUUUUAUCAGUGGACAUGAAGUAGUAUUGGCUGGAAUGAAAUUCUCUAACUUUUUAUUGACAAACGAUAUUCGGCGAUUAAAGUCGUAUAAAUUUAUUGAACCUCAUUCUGGAUUAUUUGAAUUUAUUUUAACUGAUCAACUUAAAAAUAAGUGGCAAUCAGCAAUAAAUGAAUCAAUUCCGUUAUUUUUAAAUGAAUUUGGAUCUGGCUUGGACUUUUUUAUUUGUAUAGUUACAGGUGGACAAAUCUUUCUUUCAUUGCUUCAUGAGCUGCUUCUUAAAAUCCUUUAAUCAUUCUCUAAAAAACUUUCCUUUUCAGAGGGAGGGGCAGUACACAGAGAGGGGCAAUACACAAACACAGGGGCAAUACACAUUCUCCGGGAUUGCCCAAAUUUUUCUUUUUUUGCUUUAUUAAAGCCUCAUAAUUUCCCGAAAAACUCCUAUCAAGAGGGAGGGAGGGGGCAAUACACAUUUCUCAACUAGAUUCUUAUUUUUUAAAUUUUAAUUUAGACUAUCAACUCUUUCUAUUUAUCUUUUUUAUAUUUUUAGUAGACAACAAAAAAUACAUUUUAAAAUUGC